AUGACGGUGUCAGGGGAAGUAGCCCCAGAGCAGCGCCUCCGUGUGGCCCGGCCCAAGAAGGGAACGUUGGGUAACACCUCAGGACGGUCACAAGCGAGAGAGAGACCAAAGCCACGCGGGCCUCCCCCAGCAGCGCCGCGCCCUUGGCCGCGGGGUGGCCUGCACACUGUCUUCUCUGUCCUGCUUUCAGAAUUCCUGGCACUGUUUCCCUGCUUCCUCCAGGAGCCAGUGCCGCCCGCACUCAGGAUGGGGGGGGAGCUGGCCCUCAUCAGCCUGGCCUUGCUGUCACUGGUCCUGCCUGCUGACUCUCAGCAGACGGCGGACGACGCCUGCUCUGUGCAGAUCCUGGUCCCUGGCCUCAAAGGGGACGCUGGAGAGAAGGGCGACAAAGGCGCGCCCGGACGGCCUGGGAGAGUGGGCCCCACAGGAGAGAAAGGGGGCGUGGGUGACAAGGGGCAGAAGGGCAGUGUGGGCCGCCACGGGAAGAUCGGUCCCAUCGGCUCUAAAGGUGAAAAGGGGGAUUCGGGCGACAUGGGGCCCCCAGGCCCCAGUGGAGAACCAGGCGUCCCCUGUGAGUGCAGCCAGCUGAGGAAGGCCAUCGGGGAGAUGGACAACCAGGUCACCCAGCUGACCUCGGAGCUGAAGUUCAUAAAAAAUGUCAUCGGCAUCAGCGACCUGGACCGCGAGGGCACCUUCGUGUACGCCGACCGCUCGCCCAUGCAGACCUUCCACAAGUGGCGCGGCGGCGAGCCCAACAACGCCUACGACGACGAGGACUGCGUGGAGAUGGAGGCCUCGGGCGGCUGGAACGACGUGGCCUGCCACCUCCCCAUGCACUUCCUGUGCGAGUUCGACAAGGAGCACGUGUGAGGUGGGCGGGUCCCGGGCGCAGCUCGGGGGUGACAGGCUGUCUGUGCUGAGCCCAGACGGUGCCGUGUGCGGGGGGCGCAGCGUCUCCCUGUCAUGUCACAGCGUCCCGGCUCGCACUGUAGCCAGGCGACUGCUGCUCAGCAGGGCUCGCUCGCUCUAAACUGUAAAGUGCCUCUCCCCACGUCACCGCCGUGAGCCCGGCCCGCGUGACGGCUGCUUCCGGUCGGGGGGAGCCCCUCACUGCCCGUGUCUCUGUAAAUGACAUAAGCACACUGCCGCCAUUUAGCCCAGUAGGGACACCUGUGCUUUCUGCAAACCCCGGUUUCAGGAACGAGGAAUAAACUCUCUGCACCAACA